AUGACAACCAAACCAAAAAAGACGCAGAGCCUGCUGCGCGUGAAAGAACUGAGCCCAAUACUGAGCGGCAAGGAGGUCAAUGUUAAAGUGAUCGUACUAGAGUGCAACGCCAAUGAUGAGGGGAAUAUAAGCAAUAACGCCACGCUGUUAGUGGGCGACGACUCGGGCUGUGUGAGCCUUGUGUUGCCAAAGACGACAGCGCAGCACGUGCGGCUUGGUGAUAUCUUACAACUCAUGGCCACACAAGUUGUACUCAAGAGCAAUCGCAUUUAUUUAUGGGGUGGUAAGGUGGAGCGCGUGGGCGAAUUUUUGCUUCUUUUUAAAGAAAGCAACAACGUCAGUAAUGUUACAUGGGUCAAGGAUCCCAAGAAUCCCGACAUGCUAAUUCCAGGACGUAACCCGUCGAAAAGGCCACCUUCCCUGCCUGCCAAGUAG